AUGGCAAAGCUGGCCGCGGCGCUGGACGAGACGAGUAGCACACCAACGCUGCAGCAGGUUCAACCGGAAAAAGCACUGCCAAAAGUUACGCCAGUACCAUUACCGACAAUUCCCGGACAACCGGCGCUUAGACAAACGGAAUCUGUACCCAAGGUGCAACCAGUGCAGGCCAAACCGGAGUCGAAGGCGGCAGCCCAAGCUCAGACUCAAGCAGCAGCACAGCAAGAGCAACUUAAGAAACAACAGGCGGAGCGACAGGCACGGCAGCCCACGCACCUGACAAGCCAGCAGCAGACCCAGCAGCAACGCAACACGGGGUGGUCACUGCAAUCACCCAUCCUCUUCCGGGUGGGAGAGCAAGUGUGGUUUCAAAAUGGCAACACAUGGCGUCUGGGCAUCAUUGCAUCACAAAAUCCACAGCAGCCCGGUGUUCACGAAUUGCUACCCCUAGGCAGUGGCGUGAUACCGCAGCAAAAUGUCGCCAAGCACGACAAGGACAUGAGGCCGUUUCAAGCAUUUAGCGUACCUCCAGUGGCGAUCCAGGAGCUGGAUGACAAGACGUUCGAUGAAAUACCGUGGGCUGAAAAGUUUCGCGAGUUUGGGGCGGAUCCCUCGAAGCGGGAUCUACUUCUGCUCGACGCGUCAAAACUGGCGGCUUCCAAGGUGGACUGGUCCAACUCGCUGUGGUCAGCCAUGUCAGAGGAUGUGCAUGCCAAGACGAUUACAUAUUACGGAUGCUUCCUCGGCGCCGAGCGCAUCGAGGUGGGCGACUGUCUGCGCGUACGAAAUCUGCCACCAGAGCUCAGCGUCGUGUCCGAAGACCUUGUUGUGAUGGGACUGCGAUUCAUCUACACCUCGGGCGACUUUCCCGGCACCAUCUUCUUCCGCGGCACGCUCUACCAGCGCGCCGACCCCGGCGCCGACCCCUCGACGCUCGUGCCCAUGCAGCACCUGCCCAUUGCCCUGCGGGACGAGACGCACUGGAGGAGCCAGGUGCAGCCGGGGACCUCGCACGGCUGGAUCGUGGUGGGCGACGGCGUGCGUCUCAAGGAAAAAUCGAUCCGCGGCCGGCUGUACCCGGCGCACCGGAUCAUGCCCAUCCUCAACCCGUCCGUCUUUGAAGCCGCCGUGGCGCGCCGGCAGAUUGAUGACCAGCACCCCUACCUCAACAGCCGCAUGGACGGCGUGGGACGCUACCUCGGUCGCCAGGUCAACAGGCUGCUGACGCUGGGAGCGAGCGUGCCUGCAGGCGCCAGACUAAACCUGGAGCCGUUUGUGCGGGAAGAUAUGAGGCGAGCGUGA